UGUUAGUGAAUUUAAAGUAAAAUUUUAAAUGUGUAUAUAAUGGAAGGUUGUGAUGAAAACUGCAUUCUAAUUUCUAACUAUAUCCAAAAUGUUAAACGAACUAUCUCAGUUGUAAUAUAGAUACUGUUCAAAAAUAACUCCAAACUUUAGUGAAUAUCUGAUGAAAAAAACUAUCAACAAAUUCACAAUUAAACUUAAAAGUUUCAAAUUAAGUGAGCAGCUCAAACUUUAGACAGAAAUGACAUCUGGUUAUAAAAAUAUAUCAAUAAAGAAAAAAAAAACUAAAUAAGCAAUAUUGCUGAUGAAUGUAUAUUGUUUGUUGUUUUCGCAUUUUGACAACAUGAUACCUACUUUUGAACGGUUUACACUUGUUUUACAUCUAAUUCAGUUUUCACUGACAAUACUGAUUUGGGCCUACUGAUUUUUGUUAAAGUGCAUUCUAAUUUCUCUUUUUAAUUCAAAUUGUUGCGUUAAAGGCACCACGACUUGGCCCUCCUGUGCCAAGUAUUACAAGGCACCCAACUUGUGAACCUAAAUUGCUUUGAAAGAGAAGUUCCUCUAUCUAUAUCUCACACACAUACACAAAUCUAAUCUUUCUCUUUCAACCGUAAUUUUUGCUCACCAUCAAGGCAAGUUUCCAUCUUUUGCUCCUCUAACAAUAUUAAUUGCUGCUAAAAUAUCUUGCCAAGGGUAAACCAAAUCUUGCUUCAUUCCUCUGUAGUAUCACACAAAGGACCCAAAAUUUAGGAUUUUUUUUUUUUUGGGUUCUCCCCAUGUGAUGUGAGCAUUUUGGGUGAGCAAGAUGAAGACUAUAAUUAAGUUAGGGAUUGGGUUGAGUUUGGUGUUUGGGUUUCUUCUCUUAGCUCUUAUUGCAGAAGUCUAUUACCUUCUGAGAUGGAAGAAGCACAAGAAGAGAGUCAUAAGCCAAGAGAGUGAGGAAGAGAAAGAAGAAGAGCAACAACAACAAACUGGGUACGCUAAGGAACUUAUCCAGCUCUUCUGCUUCAAAAAGCCUCAGUCUUUACAUGCCAACAACGGCGGAAGCGAAGGAGAAACACCGAGGAAUCAAGAUUUGGAGCUUGGCUUGAUGAAACAUCUGGAAGGAGGAGGAGGAGAAGAAGGGUUUGAAGCAGAGCUCAUGAAGCUUCACAACCAGAGGUUUCUCUUCACAAUCAUGGAAGAGACCAAAGCUGAUUUGGAAUCUGACGAUGGGAAGUCGAGAUCGAGGACGAGGAGCUUGAGCGAUGUUCCGACCGGAGUAAAUGACUGUAGUACCCCUGGAUUGGCUUCUCCGACAGCACUAAAGUCGUCUCCUUUGGGGUCUUACUCGCACCACGAGUUCAAUCCUCUGUUCGAAACAGAGGGUGAGCUUGAGUUCAACAAGUUUUUCAAGUCGUCUUCUUCGCCUCCGCCGAAGUUCAAGUUCAUGAGGGACGCGGAAGAGAAGCUGAGGAGGAGAAUGAUCGAGGAAGCCAAGAGGAGAGAGCAAAAACCGGAACUUUCGGUUGUGUCAGAAGGUUCGUUCUUGAAGUUCAUGACUCCUGCGACGGUGAACAGAGAGAAGAAACAGAGUAAUCAAGAAUCUGUUGAAACGGUGUCGUUUCGUACUUCAUCAGGUACAAAGUCUUAGAACGUUAGACCAGAAAUCAUUUGCACUGGUUGUUUAGUAUUAGACCACGCUUGCUUUAAUUUUUAUUUUUUUGGUUGAUAUUUUAUUAAGAAUUUCAAUUUUUAGUUGUGUGAAAUGUGAAUCAUCUUUCCUUUAUUUGGAAAUGAUUACCUCUGUACGUAUCAAUCUGAAAAAAAUCUGCAGAUGCUUGUUUGAAUUUCAUUUGAAGGAAAAAGUUAAAACGAAAAAUUGUAAAUUGUA